AAUCUAAGAUAUUUACUGUUAAUCCCUGAUCUGUGUCCUCUCCAGCAAAUCAGGAUUCUCAAUCUCUGCUGGAUCUGUCUUGUAGCUAUUGCGUUUCACCACAGACAAUUAUUGCAAUGAUUUAAGUGAAUGGAAGAGAUUCAUGCGCGCAUGCGCGCACACACAGCAAGCUAGAGCGCAGCGCACUCGAGAUCAGUUGUCUGGGUCUUCCUUUUAUUGUUAAAUCUUAAAGUAGGGAACGGGGAAACUGCCUUACUGUGACUCAACCAGGCUCAGAUCAGAUCAACUUUUCUCUCAAGUUCGUUCAUCCCACCUCUCUGUCAAUAACUCAAUAGUGCAUCAAAGGCUGGUUAAUGGAUGAUCAUCACCCAAAACAGUCAAACUCAGAAGGUUAUUUGCAACGCAUUGAUUGAGAAGGGGCAUUAAUUGAGAGUUGUUUAACGAUGGACGCAGAAGUGAGCAGUAUUGAGUGGGAGUUCAUAAAGAUGAGUGAGCAAGAGGAGGAUCUCAUCUACAGGAUGUACAGGCUCGUCGGCGACAGGUGGGAUUUGAUAGCGGGACGCGUUCCUGGUCGUAAAGCAGAAGAGAUAGAAAGAUUCUGGAUAAUGAAACACAGUGAAGCCUUCUCUGCUACAAGCAGAACAAUUCAACAUGUGUCUAAAACCCCCAGUGACGACUCAUGAUUCUACCUGGCUCUCUCUGCUGAGAAGUUUUUUCUGUUUUUUUAAUUAUUUUAUUUCUAUAUAUGGCAUUAAUUUUGUAUAUGAUUUUGUUUUGGUUACUUCAUUAUAUCUCUUCUUAAUAUUGCAUUCUUUUUCUAGGCGCACAAGUUCGCGUAAGCCUAGGAAUAAAUGCGUUGUGACAUAAUUAAUUCAUAAGCAGCUGCUCUUUUCUCCUUGUGUC